AUGAUACGUCUGUGGAUGAAAGAAGUCGGUCUAGCCGUGACGGCGACCGCUGACAAUGAUAUCGCUCAACAGCUUUCUCCAGCCGGCGAUACUCUACAUAGUCCUCUGGCAAUGAAGCGGUUCUAUGAAUCGGCAAGAAGCGACACAACACCAUUCAGAAGAACCGUCGAGUAUGUAGAAGUACUGUCUCGUCUUUCGUCAAGUUUUGAGGUUGUUGGCACGCUGAAGAGCGGAGUGCUGGUCUUUGAGCGUGGAGGGCGCAGCAGCGGCGUUUGCAACGAUAUCGAUAUCAAUGGCAUGCGCCGCGGUCAGAGCAUCCUACGUCUUACACAGAGAGUGUAUCGUCGUAUAGAUCCUUUGCGCUCGUUGUUGGAGGUAUUUUCUCGCUCCUCAACAACAUUUCAAGUCUCUUUCACGCUCAGCGGCCGUUUGAUAGCCAAGGAGGGCUACAAUAGCAAUCAGGACGUAAUAUCAUUCGCUUUGAAAUUUGCCGUCCAUCACAACGGUAUUACCAUCCUCCUCGUCGAAUUUUCCAACGCCUUUCACCCUCAGCGGCGAAGCUAUGGCAGGGGAGGGCAGCAAAGGAGCUCUUUACAACAGCAACACCACCGAACGCCGCCUCCUUCAGGCCGACGUUCUACGGAAAGUAGACGUGUUAUCACCCUUCUCAUCGUUUGCUGUCCAUCACAAAGGUGUUCGCAUCCUCCUCUUCAUUUUUUCCAACCGCUUUCACACUUAGGGGCUGAACCCCAGCGAUUCAGGGGAAACUCUGCAUCCGGCGAUAUCGCCGCAAUAAAGGCAACAGCUCAAAUGAGGGGAUUUGCGCAGCUUCUGAGCUCUGCAAAAUUCACUCAAGCCUUCACUGCUCGCCUCAAAGGCCUGGAGAAAUUUCACAUGCCAUUUACAAGCCCCUUUCACCGUCAGGCUGGCAGCUGUCCAGCGGCGGCGACUCCUGCCGGUGGUAUCGUCGCAAGAGAGCGUCUGCUAGACGACAGGCGAUUACACAACGUACGAGGGUUGCAAAUGUCUCUUGAGGUUUGCAUGUUUGCUAUAAAGGUAUGGAGAGACUCCUCAACACAUUUGGAAGCUUCUUUCACCGACAGAAGGCCACUGACAGACGUCCAAAGCCAACAACUCCAUCCAGCGAUAUCGUCGCAAGACGAGCAUGGAUCGAAAGGCGCUUUUUACGCAGUCAUUGAGGAUGCGGACAAUUCAUUGAAGGUUCUUACGAUCACUUCAAAGAUAUGGAGAGACUCCUCAUCACUUUUACAAGCCCCUUCCACCGACAGAACCUCAUUCAACAGGCAUCCAACGCAACCGCACUAUCUAGCGAUAUCGAUCGCAACAGCACAACCUCUCGACAACAGCCAUUGGCGGCUCGAUGAGGGCUUGGACAAGUCAUUGAGUCUUUCGACAAUCAUUCCAAAGACCAGCGGUGAUAUCGUCGCCGGCGGAGGAAGUCACCACAACAAGCGUUCUGGCAAAGUAGAGCCCAUCGAGACUUCCUUGGAACACUUGAAAAGCGACAUGAAGCCAUACACCUUCGCCAACGAUAUCGUCGACAGCGAGCAUCGCAGCGACAACUGCCUUACUGGCGCUGUACAGACAGUGCGCCUGCCAUGA